UUACUCCUUAGUUGAAAUAUAUGAGCAUAUAAAAAAGUUAGUAAAAUAAGGCUGCUCAAUAUACCACAUGAAUCAUGAUCUUUCCAUGUUUUUCCCUAUUUCUUAACCAAAAAAACCAGUUCACAAAUUCACACACUAGGGUUAGGGUUAGUCAAUAGCAAUAACACACUCCUUUGUAUAUAUAUAGCUAGAAUAGAACCAUCGCUAUAAGAAUAUAACCAUCAAGUAUAGGGUAUUUUGAAAGGAUGAAGAAGAGACAAGUUGUGGCUAAGACUUCAUCUUCAAUUACAAGAAAUAUUCGAUACGGUGAGUGCCAGAAGAAUCAUGCAGCAAAUAUUGGAGGGUAUGCUGUGGAUGGUUGCAGGGAGUUCAUGGCUAGCACAGGAGAAGAAGGAACAUGUGGGGCUCUUACAUGUGCUGCUUGUGGUUGUCACAGGAACUUUCAUAGAAGGGAAGUGCAAACUGAAGUUGUUUGUGAGUACUCUCCACCUAAUUCUGGUCGAUGAUAUCAUCGAUCUCUCGAUGAAACUUCAUACCUCUAUUUUCAUCCAUAUUUUUGCAGAUCCGUGUAAUCUUGCACAGAUCCGUGCAAUCUUACACGAAUUCGUGCAAAGAUCAUUUACAAGAAAGGUUCAAUUAUACCAAUAGAGUGCAAAAUUGUGUAUCAAAUUAACUGAAUGAUUUUAUCUUUGUACAAAAUUUUCAAACUUCAGGGUUUGUGAUUAUAUUAUCUACUUUAGGUUUUCUUUUCUUUUCCCCUUCCAUUUUUUCCCUUCUGGAUGUGUUUUGUUUCCCCUUUAAUACUGUAAUAUUAAUUUAUUGAUCUGAUGUGUUUAACCUCUCGAUUUCUUUUGUUAAUUACUGCUUUAGAUCUUAAUAAAAUAUAUUGCAAACAGUAAUAAAAUGCCAAGGUUUCUAAUUUUGCUGCUGCGUAAAAUAUAUAAUCAAA